GUCAUGGAUCUGUCACCAAAAUAUGAGCUUUGCUACCAAUACUGUAAACAGUAUUAGUGUAUGCAUUCAAUAAAAUAACUUGGUUUUUUUUUUUUUUUUAAGUAGGAUAGAUGCUUUUGUGUUUUGUGGGGUGAUCCAUGAAACAGGAGUGAAGAUGCUUGUUUCUUACUCUGUCCACUGAGUUAUGUCUCUAGGCUUGUCCUACUCCUUUGGCUGCAUCCCCCCCAACAUCUGCUGACUAUUUUAUUUUUCAGAUGAAAUCACACGUUAUAGCUUAGAGAGGCCUGUAAGCAAUCCUACUUUGGUAACUUAAGUGCAAAGAGGAGAGCCCCACACUCAGCCUGAGGGUGCAUUCACUGGUGGAUCCAAUAUUUCAGUUUCCUCUGCUAACAGAUCACCACAUUGUUGCCAGGACCAUAAUGAAUGCAAUUCUUUCUCCUAAGGAAUCUGGUGGCAACUGUCAAAUGUUAAGCACAAAGCUUCAGGUUGUACCUAUAACACACACCCACAUCGCAACCUACCCUACAGGCUAUUUCUGGGUGUGAUUUCAUGCACCUGCACAUGAUGAGACAGGAGACCUCUUUGGCUACUUAUAGGAACUGGUGUGAUUUCUCAGUAAUCUUUAAUGGGUAAUAUUGCUGACUGAGGAGAAUUUGAGGUAGGAUGAAACAUUUCUGUGCAGGGAUUGGGGAGGAAGCACUCAUUUAGAAACAUAGCAAUGACUUAGGUUUUUCCAAUCAAGCCUAGAGCCAAAUUUGGCUUUGGAAGCAUGUGGUGCUCAGUGGCUAUGCCACAGGGAAGUCCCCUGAAAAGGGUCCAUCAGCUUUUGCUCAGUACAGGGAGAACAUUAGCAAGGAGGCAAAGUCUGUUAUCCAUGACAUCAGCCGUCCCUUCGUGGACAUUCUAUUGUCUCCUAGAGAGACCUUGGAAUCCCUGUGAUGUCACCAGUAUCGUUGUGACAACCAAUUCCCUACUUUUUCUCUUAGUGUCCAAAGGAUAUAUCCACAGGCAUGUUUGCCCGUCUUCUCAGGCGCUUUGGGAGAGUUGAUGUUGAUAGAGAAGACUCUAGAGUGAAGCAAACGAAACCUAAAGCAGCCUGCAGACAGACGUCAUCCCCUGAAAAUGUCCUAAACAAGGUGCAGGCCAACGAGGAAGAGGAGAGGCUGAAUAGAGAACUGGAGCUAACUACCAAGGAGAGAAAUGAGCUGACAGAUCGCCUCCUUUAUGUGACAGGUGGAUCCAUGAGCAAGAGCCCCUACUUCAGGCCAAAUCCAUUUUAUGAAAACUUGAAGAUAAAGGAGAAAGAGGUCAUGUCAUUACUGCACAACUUAGACACAAAGAACAUUGAACAUCGUGAGAAAUUUCAGGAGCUCAAGAAGGAGAUUAACUUCUAUCGGUAAGUACUUGUCAGAAGGGCCCAUCACUUGUGGAAUAUCCAUUCCCGCCUCUCUUUGUUCUGGACUGGAGAGCCUGUAGCUCUGGGUCCAUGUCUUCUGUUGUUUGAAUAUCACUGUGCCGUGGGUCUUUUGGACUCAGAUUCAGUUCCAUAAGGGACUGUCAGUUAUCACCACAGUGUCUAUGCAUCUUUAGAAGGCUCUGGAUAGAACUACACUGAUUCAGGCAUCAGAGUGUUAUUAGGCCAACCUGCGGCUCUGGGGUCAUACCAGGUUUAACAAAGCUCAAUGUGUGGACCACAUGGUUAGCAUGA